CGACCGUACUGAGAAGUGUACAGAACGAAAAGAAAAAUUAAAAGAAAAAUGAACUUUGAUUUUUGUUAUAUUUCAAUCUGUUUUUCAACUUGAUCUUCAUGAUGAAAAUAUAGCCAUUGAAAACUGUUUCCUCCUAAAAUUCUGGUGAUUCCUACUGUCAUGUACUGCCAGGUGUUUCUUACCAGGUGUUCCUUUGAUCCUGUGGGUGUCUCCCUCUACUAGGUCUGUAGAGAUGGUUUCUGUGAGAUUGGGGAUACGAGGGAUCAAAUAUAAAAAACUGAUCCUGGUUAUUGGAACAGUUUUGAUCCUUGUGUUAAUCGUGGGAUCAUAUUUUAAACACCAGAACAACAAACUUCAAAAAUUUAUCCCCAAGAGAUACGAAGAGGAUGGCUUGUAUGAUUUCCGUCAACUACCAAACAUUCCAACUGCAAAUGGGGAAUACCAUUUAGAGGCUGAAAAUGAUGAAGAGGCUCAAAGGUUGAAGACACAAGUGCGGGUACUUUGUAUGAUAAUCACAAACGCUGCAAACUUACCACGUAAAGCCAUGGCAGUAAAAGACACAUGGGCAAAAAGAUGCAAUAAAUAUGUAUUUAUAACUGAUGAAGAGGAUAAAAAAUUUGGCACUGUUGGUGUACAUGCAGAAGGAAGAGACCAUUUAACAGCAAAAACUAUUGCGGGAUUUAAAUAUGUGUAUGAGAACUAUCGAAAUGAUUAUGAUUGGUUCUUUAAGACAGAUGACGAUACUUAUGUUAUUGUUGAAAAUCUUCGCUACCUGUUAUCUCAUUACCACUCUACUCAAUCUGUAUACAUCGGACACCAUUUUGACAAUGUGGAAAUCGCAAACAAGGCGGGAUAUAUGAGUGGAGGAGGUGGAUAUGCUUUGAGUAAAGCUGCCCUGGAGCAGUUUGUAACAGUAGGAGUUAAUGAAAGUCAUCCCCUUGCCCUGUGUCGUCGUGAUUAUGGAGCAGAAGAUGCUGCCAUAGGUCGCUGUAUGAAUAAACUGGGUAUUAAACCAGCGUUCUCUUUGGAUGUACACAAACGUGAAACAUUUCACCCAUUUAAUGUGUUCACUCAUCUCACUGGUGACUUUCCCUCUUGGUACAACAAAUAUAAACAAAACCCAGUCAAGGGCAGGGACAGCCUUAGUGAUUACAGCAUAACAUUCCAUUAUGUCGACCCCAUCAUGAUGUACACUAUGGACCACCUUAUAUACCAUCUACACACGUAUGGCAUAGUUAAAGGAAAACCACCAAAAAAAGUUUUUAAAAUUGAACAGACGUGA